GUGGCAGUUCUGUUAGGGUUUGUGAAAAGGCUGUGAUUGGGUUCAAGUAUGACUAAAGAAGAAGCACAGAAUGGAAGAGAUGACAUGUUAAUUGACGAUCCUGAACCCCAAAAUGCGCAAGUAGAUGACGGAUUCAAUCCUAAUUACCUCAAAGUUUACUACGGAAGGCUUUUCCCACAUGCAGAUAUGUUCAAAUGGAUGUCAUACGGAAAUGAUGGGAAACAUCCUGCAUGUGACCAAUCUUAUUUUGGGCGGAGAGAAUUUUCUUUCACAUUGGAUAAUGAUAUAUAUUUGCGGUUCCAAUCUUUCAAGAGUGCGUCUGAGCUGGAAAAUGGCAUCAAAGAUAAAUGUCCAUUCAAAAUAGAUAUUGGUCCUGUUUAUAGUGUUGAUCCUUCAAAGAGGCUUGCAUACGCACAAUCUGGGGACAACAUUUUCACUCCUGUGGAAAGGGAGCUAGUGUUUGACAUAGAUAUUUCAGAUUAUGAUGAUGCCAGAUAUUGCUGCUCCGGAGCAGAUGUUUGCUUGGACUGCUGGCCUUUGAUGACCAUUGCAAUUAAAGUGAUUGAUACUGCCCUUAGAGAUGAUUUUGGGUUCAAUCAUGUUCUCUGGGUAUACAGUGGCCGUCGUGGUGUUCAUUGUUGGGUUUGUGAUGGAAAAGCAAGAAGGUUGAAUAAUGAACAGAGGUCAGCUAUUGCAGACUAUUUUCGCCUGUACAAGGGUAACAGCAAUAGCACAUCAAAGGUUUCACUCCUGGGUCCUGCACUUCAUCCUUUCCUUGUGAGAUCGUAUAUCGAUGUUCUGAGAGAUUUCUUUGAGGAGAAAUUACUUUGCAGCCAACAGUUACUUUCAGAUGAGAGAUAUGAGAAAAUACUGGAGAUGAUUCCUGAUGAAUCAAUAACCUCGGAGCUUAGAGGAAAGUGGCAAGACAGUAGGCGCCCCUCUAGUGGAAAAGAUGUGAAUGUUGUGCGAUGGGAGCAACUAAAACAUCUGCUUCAAUCUGGUAAACAAAAGGCACCUGGGAUUCGUAGGUGUGUUGAGGAGAUUGUCUUCUCUUUCACUUAUCCUAGGCUUGAUAUGGAGGUUUCAAAACACAUGAAUCAUUUGCUGAAGGCACCUUUUUGUGUACACCCCAAAACAGGGCGUGUCUGUGUUCCUAUCAAUCCAGCCAUUUGUGAUGAGUUUGAUCCCACCAAUGUGCCAACACUUUCCAAGCUUCUGGGAGAAAUCAACACAGCAGGCUUGCAAGCAGAAGGCGAUAAAGUAUGGGAUAGAACCUCAAUGGGGAAGUCCAUCAGAUACUUUAGAGAAUCUUUCUUGCAGCCUUUGCUGAAAUCUUGCAAGGAAGAGAUAGAAGGCUCACACAGUGUCAAAGUUCAGCAAUCAAAAAACUCCUUGAACUGGUAAUGCUUACAAUUUAUCAGCGACAACGUCUGCUUUGAUUCAUUUUGUGUUGCAAGUUUAGUUAGCAUGUAAUAUGAUAUUUACAAUGGUUAUGUUCUUAUAUCAGAAUGAAAAGCAAAUAUCAGAU